AUGACAAGCGAAGAGUAUCCAAAUGAUGUUGUGCUUUUGCGUGGAGAGUACCAUCAUUAUUUGGAUCUUGUUAUUGACAAGAAAACAACAUAUUCUUUCCCGAUUUUUCCUACUCUAACGGGAGAAAAUAUAAUUCAGCUUAUAAAUGACGAAGGCAUCACAAAUUUUGUCAUAUGUAAUACAGAAUCCGAUAAUUUACAGAAAUGUAUUGUUUUUUCAACAGAUCAAGAAAUUUUCAAAUCAAAUUUUGAUUUAAAUUCGUUUAGUAAAGCUUUAGUUUCCGAAAUUGUAACACCUAACAGAUACGUUGCAACAAAAUGUCAACGAAUGACAUUGAAUGUGUAUGAGAUUUCAGAAUUUCAAAAUAAACAAUCGAUAAAUGAAUCCAUUCCGACGAUUUUCAAUUCAUUUGCUAAGAGUAAAACACGAAAAAUUAACGUUAAGAUUCCUACAUCCGCGAUUAUCGAAGUUUCAAUCAAUAUUAAGUGGACUUUGAAAAAGAUACACAAGCAUAUUUACAGUGUUAUCGAGGAUAUAUUUGGAGAAGGCAAUAUACCACAGCCGACACGUUUCCGAUUCAUUGUUAUCGGAUCACCAACUUUUCCUUCUUAUGACUUACCGUUUGAGUUCUCUCCCGAGAUGAUCGGAGCUCUUUGGGAGCAGAUCGAAGAUCCGCACGGACUUUACUUCGAUUUCGUUUUCGUUGAACUGGAUAAUUCUGUAAUGAAAUCUUUCCAGCAGUACGCUUCGGAACUCGACCUCUCUCUACCUGCACUUACACCAGAUACUCUUUCUCUUUACUCUUCUCUAUCAGAUGUCAGAUUUGGUGUCGAAACAAGCAGAAUAACAAGAUUAUCUAUCAAUCCUCUCUUAUCUAGAAUGCGUUUGUCCGAAACAGAUCCACCCUUACACACUUGCAAUCUUCAAUUCGUGUUCAUUCGUGCAGAAUUACGUGUUGGAGUAAAUUCAUCUAUUACCGGAGCAUCUUUUCGCGUAGAACGUGAAAAAACAGCUGAUGAUGCAAUUCUUGUUCUCCUUAAGAAGAUGAAUCACCAUCAUAUGGUCAAUAUUGAACAAGAUCCUUCGAAUUUUGCAUUUGUUCUCCAAGGAACAGAUGAAAUCAUAGCAGGACAUAUUCCAAUGGAUCACUUUAUAUCAGUUAGACAGUUCUUAUUGUCCGGACAACCCGUAAUGAACGUCCUUCUCUAUACAAGAGAUUCAUUGAUCGCUUCUGUUUAUCAGAACGAACUUUCUCAUCAACCAUUAGAAGAACCAAGCAAAUCCGAAUUUUCUACGGACUUCGCUGUCGUAGGAAUUCCGAAAAGAACGUUCGGAUAUAUGCCAUGUACUCCACAUAUAUUAUCUUAUGCAAGAUUCGGAAUAUUCUUAAGUUCCUUAUAUAAUUUGCCUAUCACGCAAAGGCUUCAAAUUUCUUGCUCAAUUAUUCACGGAAAAAGUGACUUAGUUACACCUGUCACUUUUAUUCAAGCAUCUGGAUACAGAACCCAAUUAAUAAAUCGAUACGUAGAGUUCCAGAUUAACAUCAACAGUAUACCUCGGUCAGCACUUUUAUCCAUAACUAUCGAGAAUCCAGAUGAAAAACCCGAUAAACCAGAGAGAUACAUCGCAUCUAUGAACUACACGAUCUUUUCUCACGACGGAUGGGUCAGAUCCACACCCAUUGUGCAUAAGAUGUGGCGAACACGCGCUAAAGAUUACUUACUUCCAACUAGACAAACAUCAGAGAACAAUACAGUUGUUAUUCACUUCAGAUUUACGAGGUUUAGGAAUCCCCUCAUGUUCAUUUUCCCUCAGCAACAAAGCCUAAACCAGAAAGCCCCUCAUUUACUCAAACAUGAGGACCAAUUCAGAUUAAAAGAGCUCGAAGCAUACGAUCCGCUCAUGGAAUUGACAGAUGAUGACAGGAAACUCAUCUGGCUCAACAGAAACAGAUUCGUUGACAAUCCAAAGAUGCUUCCUUUGGUUUUGCAGUCAGUUGACUACACUAAUACGACGCAAAUCAACGAAAUACCUUACGUACUGGCGAUGUGGAAGCCUCUCGAUCCAACAGGAGCGCUCACAUUGCUUGAUGCGAAAUUCGCUGACGAAAAUGUCAGAAAAUACGCGGUAGACUUACUCGAUCAGUUAAACGAUAGCGAACUACUACUUUAUAUCUUGCAAUUAACGCAAGCUCUGAAGUAUGAAGUUUAUGAAGACUCCGCGCUCGUCAGAUUCCUCAUUAGACGUGGUCUUAACGAGCCAAAGUUCGUCGGCCACCAUCUUUUCUGGCUUCUUAUGUCUGAAGCUCAUAUUUCCGCGAUUCGUGAGAGAUUUUCUGCUGUUGUCGUUAAUUUCAUAUAUGGUAUUGGCCAUUACAGAGAUGAGCUUAUCACCGGAUUCAAAUUUACGAAGAUGCUUGUUGAAUUGAACCAUGAACUGUGCAAACAGUCAUAUUCAGAGGCUACUGUUACUCUCCGGAACAAGCUCAAGAGCGUUGUCAUUCCCCCGGAGUUCCACCUCCCUGUCGACCCCCGUUUGGUCGUUGAUCGAUUCAUCAUUGAAGAAUGUAAAGUUAUGAAUUCUAAGAAAAAACCGUUUUGGCUAACUUUCCAUAAUGCGGCUCCCUUCUCAACGGAACCGAUUCAGACUAUGUUCAAAGUUGGAGAUGACCUUAGACAAGACCAUCUCACGCUUCAAGUUAUGAAAGUUAUGGAUUAUAUCUGGCGACAAAAUAAUUUAGACUUAAGAAUGAGCAAUUACAGUGUUCUUCCUACAGGUCUUAACCAAGGAUUCAUCGAAGUUGUUCCCAACUCCGUUACAGAGCAGAAACUGCAACAGGAGAAAGGAAAAAUGGGAAGUUUCGAUGAAAACACGUUUAUCGACUACUUGAAGCUCAUGAAUACUACAGAACAGACUCUCCAGAUGGCGAAAGAGAAUUUCAUGCUUUCAUCAGCUGGAUAUGCCGUUGCAACUUGUAUUCUUGGCGUUGCAGAUCGACAUCCAGGAAAUAUCAUGCUCCAACAGGACGGGCAUUUCUUCCAUAUCGAUUUCGGCCACUUCUUAGGCAACUUUAAGAAGAAAUUAGGCUACAAAAGAGAAAAUGCUCCUUUCCACUUUUUGCCGGCUUGCGUUGUUGUUUUAGAUGGACAGAACGGCAAGCUCUACAAAGAGUUCGAGCAGACAUCAAUCAAAGCGUACAAUGUAAUGCGAGAAAAAGCAAAUUUGAUCAUGUCUUUGAUGCUUCUGAUGCUUGGAACAGGAAUUCCCGAACUACAAAAGCCUUCUGACUUACAGUACAUGAAGGAUAUGCUUCAUUUGAACGUAAAUGAACGAGAAGACGCCGAUAUUUUUAAGAAUUUGAUUAAGAUAUCAACGGAGUCUACAAAAACAGCUGUUAAUAACUGGAUACAUAACCUUGUUUGCAAAUAA